AUGGGUGCGGGUGUUGGGGAGGUAAUGGACUGGGUAUCAUCAAUAAUUUGCGUAACGGCUACGGGUGGAGUGGUACUGAAGUUGUCGGAGCCUACGGUGGAGUCGGUACAGGUGACUUGGAUAUCGCUGGUGAGCUGCCAGUCGCGCGUCACCACUGUCGCUGGACACGUACCGAUACUAGGUGCCGUGCGAUUCGGAGGUGGAGUGCCGGCAACUGGAACAGUUUCUAUUUGCGGAAAAUGUGACUGCGAUUGCAACGGCCUGCCAUAG